GCUACCUGUCUUCCCAGAAUGCUCACCGAGGAGGCCUAGCAUCGAAAUCCAAGAUGGCGCACGUCACCAAGGCUAUGGAAGUUCUGAGGAACUUUCUUGUCGGGAAAAGACUGAUAGUACCUCACCGAUACGCCGACUUGCUGUCAAAAAGAACCCAACCAAACCCUAGCCUUCCUGAUGGACCAGCCCACAAGUUGAGUGCUAACUACUACUGUGAUAGGGAUAGCAGGCGGCAGGCUACUCCACCCUCUGUGGUGUAUAGUUCACAGAAGCUACUGGAGCCCAGGAAAACAGGUCAAAUUGAAGAAAUAAAGUCUAUCCAGCCCAAACAGCCUGGGGCCACCUACCUGCCUCAGUAAUUUGAGACCUUUUUUUAUAACACUAUAGUUGACAUGGUUAUUACUCUCAACAAAUACUUGAGUAACUGUUAACAUGCUUAUUUGUAAAUAUAUGACAACAUGUAUUGGCUCUAUUAAUUAAAUUAAAAUUGAAAUACAUUUUA